AAUUAUAAAACAGAAGAAAAGUUUUAUUCUAUUCCAGACUCAAGUCUCCAGAAUCGGUGGCUUUAAUCUGAAAUCUGAACUCUCCAUGGGUGCAAGGACCAGCUGACAGGACCGAAGUGCUGUAUUUUCCCCCCCUCCUUUGGUUUUUUGGAACCUAUUCCAGACUAAUGGGGGGCUCUCAGUGCAUCAUGCGGCUGGUUUGGAGGAGUCUAGCUGCUCUGUGGAUCAUCUCGCUCACAACGCGGGCCGAUGAAGAGGUUCUGAUGAACACCAAGACGGAGACGUCGGACCUGAAGUGGACCACGUCCCCCCGGGGCACGGGGCAGGAGUGGGAGGAGGUGAGCGGCCUGGACGAGGAGAACAACAGCGUGAGGACCUAUCAGAUCUGUCAGAACGACGGCUUGGUGAGCCACUGGCUGCGCAGCAAGAUGAUCGAGCGGCGCGGGGCGUCGCAGGUUUACGUGGAGCUGCGCUUCACCAUGAUCGAGUGCUCGUCACGCAGCACACACCACCGCUCCUGCAAAGAGACCUUCAACCUCUACUACUACCAGACGGACACGGACGCCGCCACCGCCACACACCCCGCCUGGAUGGAGAACCCCUACGUCAAGGUGGACACGGUUGCGGCCGAUUACCUCCUGCGUAAGGGAGGAGAGAAGAAGUUCAACGUGAAGACGCUGCGCCUCGGGCCCCUCACCAAGCGAGGCUUCUACCUGGCCUUCCAGGCUCAGGGCGCCUGCAUGGCCCUGCUCUCGGUGCGCGUCUUCUUCAAGAAGUGCCCGUCGCUCACCCGCUCGCUGUCCGUCUUCCCCGAGACCAUCCCGCGCUCGCUGGUGCAGGAGGCCGUGGGCGAGUGCGUGAGGAACGCCGCCCUGCACGGCCCCAAGGCCCGACCCCCCAAGAUGUUCUGCGCCGAGGACGGGCAGUGGGUGGACCAGCCCAGCAGCAGCUGCACGUGCUCGGCGGGGUACGAGGCGGGACCGGGAGAGCUCGAGUGCCGAGCGUGUCCCGCCGGUCACUUCAAGCUGAGCCCCGGCGCUGGUCCCUGUUCUCCCUGUCCCGAGUCCAGUCACACCGGAGAGACCGGAGCCGCCGCCUGCAUGUGUCGACCCGGGUACCACCGCGCACCCAAAGACACGCUGGACACGCCCUGCACCCGUCCCCCGUCGGCCCCUCACAGCCUCUUCCCUCAGAUAAACGACACCUCGGUGACCCUGGAGUGGAGCGAGCCGGUGGACAGCGGCGGCCGCUCUGACCUGUCCUACGGCGUGGAGUGCCGGACGUGCGCGGCGUCCUCGUGUCUGCCGUGCGGGGAGAGCGUGAGCUACCGACCCGCCCAGCGUGACCUGCCGGGCCGCAGCGUGAGCGUUUGGGGGCUCCGCCCGCACACCUCCUACACCUUCACCGUCACCGCCCUGAACGGCGUCUCGCACCUCAGCCUGCAGGGUCCGGCCUCGGAGAGCAUCAACAUCACCACCGGUCAGCACGUUCCAGUGCUGGUUUCUGGGAUACGGAAGAGCACCGCCACCGAAUCCAGUUUAACUUUACACUGGUCCAUACCGACUCCCACACACUACAGCAUCCUACAGUACCAGCUCCGCUACUGCGAGAAGCAGGAGAGAGGCGCCGAGGAGCACUCGUGCCGUUACAAGGAGAGCGACAGCAACCAGGUGGUUCUGAGCGACCUGAGGAGAGCCACUCAGUACGAGGUGCAGGUUCGGGCUCGAACCCAGGCCGGCUACAGCAUCUUCAGCCCGGCCAAGUCCUUCAGGACGCUGCCUGAUGAAGAAGACUCCUCAUCACCGCUGCUCGUUACCGGGGUCCUGAUCGCCUUGGGGAUGCUCCUCAUCAUCACCGUCAUCACCCUCGCCAUCUACUGCAUUCGUAAACAGAACCGACUAAAGGACCCAGAGCUGAGUGAUAAAAAUGGCCAGUACCUCAUGGGCCAAGGAGUGAAGUUGUACAUCGAUCCGUUCACCUACGAGGACCCGAACGAGGCCGUGAGAGAGUUCGCUAAAGAGAUCGACGUCUCCUGUGUGAAGAUCGAGGAGGUGAUCGGAGCAGGGGAGUUCGGAGAGGUGUGCCGAGGCCGACUGCGAGCCCCCGGUAAGAAGGAGAACUACGUGGCCAUCAAGACCCUGAAGGGAGGCUACACCGACAAGCAGAGGCGGGACUUCCUGUCCGAGGCGUCGAUCAUGGGCCAGUUCCACCAUCCCAACAUCAUCCACCUGGAGGGCAUCAUCACGGCGAGCUGCCCCGUCAUGAUCAUCACCGAGUUCAUGGAGAACGGGGCGCUCGACUCCUUCCUCCGGCUGAACGACGGACAGUUCACGCCCAUCCAGUUGGUAGGGAUGCUGCGCGGUAUAGCCAGCGGGAUGAAGUACCUGUCCGAGAUGAGCUACGUCCACCGGGACCUGGCGGCGCGCAACAUUCUGGUCAACAGCAACCUGGUGUGUAAAGUGUCCGACUUCGGCCUGAGCAGGUUCCUGCAGGAGAACUCGUCCGACCCCACCUACACCAGCUCACUGGGCGGUAAGAUCCCAAUCCGCUGGACGGCGCCCGAGGCCAUCGCCUUCCGCAAGUUCACCUCCGCCUCCGACGUGUGGAGCUACGGGAUAGUCAUGUGGGAGGUGAUGUCAUUCGGAGAGAGACCCUACUGGGACAUGAGCAACCAGGACGUCAUUAAUGCGAUAGAGCAGGACUACCGUCUGCCGCCGCCCCCUGAAUGCCCGUCCCACCUCCACCAGCUGAUGCUGGACUGCUGGCAGAAGGAGCGAACAGCUCGGCCGCGCUUCGCCAACAUCGUAUCCGCCCUGGACAAGCUCAUCCGAAACCCGGCGUCCCUGAAAAUCAUCGCCCACGACGGAGCCGGCCCGUCUCACCCUCUGCUGGACCAGCGCUCGGCUCUCUCCUCCUGCAGCUCGGUGGCCGAGUGGCUCAGAGCUAUAAAGAUGGAGCGCUAUGAGGAAAGUUUCCUACAGGCGGGGUUUACAUCCAUGCAGCUACUGACUCACAUCAACGCAGAGGAUCUGCUGCGGUUGGGCGUGACGCUGGCCGGCCACCAGAAGAAGAUUCUGUCCAGCAUUCAAGUUCUUAGGAUUCAGAACAACAAGAGUCCCAAUAACAUCCUCUACUGACCAACACACACACACACACUCUCUCACGGAGUAAACACAUCUACACACACACACGACGUAUUUCAAGACUUUACCUGAGCAGCUCUUCCUGUCACCUGGACCAAUCAGGAUCGAACUUACUGAGCUUCUCCAGGAACUUCCACUGUACUCUUAAUGAACUCCACACGGCCAAUGGAGUGACAAUCCGGAAUCAGACUGAUGGGAGCUGUGACAGGGUGUUUUUUUAUCGCUCUCGAGAGGAAGGGAGCCACGUUUUUCACGAGGACUACACCACGCCCACGCGUGUAACGUUCCAGAGUAUUUUUCUAACGGAGUGUAUGGUUUAAGAGAGACUGAGGCGGGGCGAGGACUUUCUCUUAACCCUGCCAGCCUACCAGGACGGCUGGAGAUUUGAACCUUGUGCGGCGUCUCCGCCCUCUCGUACAGGUGCUACACGGCGGUCUCGCACGGACACGACGAGCUGAUUCAGUUAGAACCGUGUUCUAGACCGAGUCUGUCUCACCCUACGCCACGCUUCACUCUGAGGCAGAACUGGGGCGGGUUCAAGCCCCCCACAGCCAAUCAAACGAGGGGAAAACCCCCCCCAAAGGUUGCCAGAUUUUGCCAAAUCUUUGUGUUAAAUCCUACUGAUGUGUCUUAUUGGACUCAGACCGACAGGGUAUUUUAGAUCUGAGUGAUUGUGUCACGUUUCUGCCUCCGCCGCAGCGUUUCAGUUCUUUCUUUGCUUCACUAGAAUAUCAGGAAAAUAGAAAAUCAGAGGAGGUUUUAUAUUCUACUACAAAUGUUUAUUAUUAAUACUAUAAAAGAUUUAAAACCAGAGUCCACGUCCACUUCAGAAUUUUAAUCUCACUGUUUUGUUUUGGACGUCUGUUAAACACACAGGCUGCGACAAACCUGCAGCUUUUUCUGUUUUCUGUUCUUUUUAAUGAGAGUUUUUAAUAUUAUAAUCGUGUGUCUUUAAUUCCUGUGCAGUCGUGGACGUAACACACCGUGUUUACCAUUUUUCUGUUCCGGUUGUCCACCGUGCAGACUGUUCAGUCACCUCCUUCUAAAAUCUGUUAAAAGAAAAGUAUAAAUGGUAAAUGUUUAUUAAAAAAUAAGAAAACAUGCCAAAUUACAGCUGCAGUAGAAACUGUUCAGGAUUCGUGUGUUUGGAGCCCUCUCUGGUAGGGACAGGUAACUGCAAGCGAUUUUUAACUGAAAACGUUUUUUUUUUGUAAUGUUGGUGCUUCUGAGCUCCUCCGACGUGCACAGAUUUAUUUCAGAUUUAUUUCAGAUUUAUUUCAGCAGGUCGGCGGGAUACAAACAUCCUGAACCGCGACGUUUUUCCACUACGGUUCCGUUCUGAUUUAUUCAGGAUGUUUUUACACUCGCUCUCGUUUUUUUUUUUUAAUGGACUGGGUGCCAAUCCAUCGCUGGGGUUUCGCCACCCUCCUCCCUCAGACACAGCCGAUCAUGUCUGUAAACACCCGGCCAGCCGAGCGUCCCACCUACAUUCCACAAUCACGCUCUACACCAAAACGUCAGCAUCAUGGUGCUCGCCGUACUCUGGCCGUGGGUCUGUCCGGGGAGCGGGAUGCGUCGGGUUCCUGCACGUCUCCAGAUUCUCAGCACUUGUUCAUGUUCCUGUAGUGCAGCUUUGUGAUCAGGCGGUUCUCCAGCUAUUCCAGUUCAGUGACCUGUGACCCCUGGUGGAGGAACCGGUCAGAUCUUCACAUUGGAGAUCUUUAGUAAAUCAUGAGAUGAAAAUGAUGCUUUUUUUUUUAUUUUGAUGUAUAAAAAUAUAAUUUUCUUCUUUAUUUUGUAAAUGAGUUUCAUUUCUUUCUGUCUGAUCUUGUGUUUCUGUCACAAUAAAUCAUUUAUGAGAUAAAUCAAA